CUCCAGCAAACCCUCCCGACUCGCUCCGAGCUCACAGGGCCCAACCUCCAUUAAAUCGGUCUCUGACCUUCCUGCUGCCUCGGCUUUGUGGUUCCAGACCCAUCCCCAAUCCCAGAAGAUGUUUUCCUACAGACAGAGCUCCAGCUCCCGCUGCCUGACCCCCUGCGGGAUCUCCUGCCCCCAGCCCUGCGCCGACACCUGGAACCAGCCCUGUGUCACCUCCUGCGGGGACUCCCGGGCUGUCAUCCACCCUCCACCCGUGGUCAUCACCUUCCCAGGGCCCAUCCUCAGCUCCUGCCCCCAGGAGAGCAUCGUGGGAUCCUCAGCACCCUCAAACUUCCUGGGAUCCGGAAACUUCCUGGGAUCCGGAAACUUCCUGGGAUCCGGGAGUUCCUACGGCUCCUACAGUUACGGGAGGUCCUACUCUUCCUACGGAUCCUCUGGGAGCUGCAGACCCUGUUAAGCACCCCAGGAAUCAGCAGGAAAAGCCAAGAGCCACCACGGAGCCUCCACAAAUCCUGGCAGUUCCCGGAGCAUCCUCAGCCCCGCGCUUUUAUGCAAAUUCCAUUUUCUUUUUCCUUUUUUCUUUUCACCCGAGGCUCCUGCAAAUAAAACGACCUCGGAAUGGUCCCAUCCAUGAUCCCUGGCUGGCUGAAAGUGGGAUGAGAUCGUGUCACCUUCCCAUGUCCAAAAACCCAAGCGUCACCCCUGUGGAAUGCCCAGCCCUGGAGCGAUUCUUUCCUUCAUUUCCCGCCGGGUUUUCCAUCCCCACCGUGAUAUUUCCCUUCCCCCUUUCUCAUUAAACCUUUGCGCAUCAAAAUCCA